UCUAAGCUCUCUGAUUGGAUUGAUUUUGAAGGCCAACCACUCAGUUCCUAGAAUACCACUAAAAUUUCAUCAAGUGAAUUGGUCCUCAGUGGAUCAGUUCACUCUUCACCUGUGUUACCCAAUCGGUUUUCGACCUCCUUAUCUUGUUUCUCACCUCAUAAACCUGCCUGCGACGAUCGACAGAAAAAAUUCCCUUACUUUAGCCUGGACUAAUGGACCAAGUAAAGGACGUCAUCGACACGAAAUCCUCGUAAGGACAAUUAAGGCAACUGUCUCCAAAACUCCGAACCUUACUUAGCAAGGUAAAGUUUGAAGGCUUACUAAUUUAUAUAAGAGUUAAAACGCUAACUUUGGGGACUCAAUGCAAUAUUUCCACCCUUUAGCUCAGUAGAAUUCACUUAGCGAGGAAGAGCUAUUCGACAACGUUUAUAUAUAUAUUUUUUAACUUACUUUUCCUUACACUUGAUAAGAGUGCGCAUGGACAAUGACAGCAUUGAAUGGCACAUUCUGGAGUCCAUACUAUCCACAGAAGUACAACAACAAGGCCUGGUGCAAGUGGCACAUUGAAGUCCCUUGGAAUUACGCUAUUCUGAUCACUUUUGAAGACGUCAGUUUAGAGCGGGAUGGUUGCGACUACGACUUUGUCAACGUGCAGGAAACAUUUAGCAAUGGCACACAAGUUUUGAUUGGUUCAGUCUGCGAAACGUCCACACCACAGAUGAGAUCCAGUGGUAAUAAUGUUACGGUUGUUUUUCGCUCAGAUGCUACUGUGACAGACAAAGGAUUUCAGGCCACGUAUAAAGCAAUAAGGAUAAGAGCAGCCAAAACGACCCCAAGUACAACCCUUGCCUCAACUCAUAAGAGAAUUGACAAUGAUAAAGCAUCCACAAUGUCAUCAAGCGCAGAGACUACUCAAGAGAUGUCUUCUACCAGAGGGAGCAGAUUUAGCUCUCGAGAAGGAACACAUCCCAUAACAACCAUCGGAACUGAGGACAUCUCUAAGACGAGAGGAGAAGGUUUUUCGGAUACAUUGGACGAUGAAAGCGAGUCUGCAGCAAACACCUCCCUCAUCGCUGCAUUAAGUGCAUCUUUGGUAGUAAUUUGUGUGAUGGUCGCAGUAGCUUUGUUUUGCUUUCACAAAAAACGGAGUAGCAAGAAAAGUGAAAGCCGGAAAGCACCAACAGUGAGCUUUCGACCAGACGAGAAAGCAGUCCACGUUUACGCCACCCUAAGUUCUGGCCAUGAUGAUGAAAGAAAUGAUGAUCGUCAUGCAUAUGCCAGCCUGCAAGGGAUCUAUAACGACAGCGAUGAAACAGUGAAGGAAAGUGACAACCAAUUGUACAAAUGAUGAGCUUACAAUGCACAGGAGUCAUCUCUCCACGAAGCUUAGUUCAU